GCCUGCAGUUCAAGAGGACCCCAGGGCUGCCAGGGCCGUCAGGACUGUGUGGAAUGGAUGGAAGUGAAGGAGACCCUGGACAACAAGGAGCGAAAGUACCUCGAGGACUGAAGGGUCCAAAUGGACCGAGGGGAGAAAAUGGACCGAAAGAACUGCCUGGGUCACAAGGUUUACGUGGAGAACAGGGCAAAAAAGGGGAAGUAGGAAAAAAAACAGAUUUUAUGAUGAAGAGAAAGAUAAAAAUGUGUAUGACGAGGAAAAUGAUAAAAAGUAUACUUAUGUUACGCGAAAUACGCUGGAACAAAACGCACUUGCAGAUGUUAACAAAUCGCUCGAAGUGA